GAUGCAUUCGUGAUUCUUCCUCCACAACGUCCGUAUGAAUCAUCGUGGCUGCACUCCAACCCACUCAAGAAUAUGACAGUAGCAGGCUACAUCAAAUCAUCUUUCCUAGCAUCCAUCAAAGCUCAAGACAGGCUGCAUGGUGACGUUGACAGGGAUCGAUUGUCCAGUCCUCUUUUGACCCAACGUCGCGCUUGAAGCUCGUGCCAUCCUGCGACGACGCGCAUUGCGAAUCGCUCCCAAGUUCAGGAAUGAUCUCUCAACGAGGGUUCGGUUUGCGAGCUCUGCUGGAUUCGUCAUCUAGUAGGGGACGGCCUGGCUGCACUUCUUGCCGUCAGCAGAGCAGCCUGCCCCCGCUCAUCACACAUCGAAAUCAAGCUUCUUCAAGCCACGAAUUGGGUGUGCGUGCAACUGUCGCGAAUCAAAGCAGUUGGGCAGCAGCGUCCGUCAACCGGCAUGCUUUUGCUGCCGCAAGAAGGCGGCUUCAUACGUCUACUAGCACAGCGAAUGAAGAUCCUUUGCUCAACUUUCAAGAUUCUCAAGCGGUGGACGAGGCAUACAUGCGGGCGAUAGAGGAGAAGGCGGCCAGAAAGGCGCAAUGGCGAAGGCAGAGCAGCUCCUCAUCCUUCAUCGACUCCCUUUCCCUUGAAGUCACUGCUGGUCUGGGUGGAGAUGGAUGCGUAGCAUUCUCUCGCGAGAAGUACGUCCCAUUCGGACCGCCUUCAGGCGGAGCUGGAGGGCCCGGUGGAGAUGUGUACGUGCGAGCAGUCUCGCAUCUAAGAUCUCUUGCGCGAGUGCCCUCUCGAGCGGAAGGAGGUGCAGGCGGGCAUGGAAGAGGAGAAUGGAUCGUCGGUAGCAAAGGCAAGGACAUUACCCUCAGCGUUCCGGUGGGCACUGUAGUCACUGUGGAAGGCAUUGAGGAUGACCCACUCGAGCCAAAGGACGAACUUAGGAUACUACGCUCAGAGUAUGAGCACGGUCUCAUGCGCAAGUAUGAACGCCGGUUUCAGCGCGUGUAUCAUCCCAGACGACCUCGACCACCACAAUUUGUGCCUCGUAGCGAGCCGGAUCACAACGAGAAGUCAGGCAGCGAAGACUUUCAUGUGUAUCUUGACAAAGGGGCUUCAACCGAACAGGAGACUGCUGAACAAAGUAGUCAGUCAGCCGAAAGAAGCAGUCUUGAAGAGGUAGCUGCGGAGGAGGAGGGUGCAUUCAACGGCUACAAACGGGAUAUUGAGAAGCGAGAAGUUAGCCCUGAGCGGGACCUGGAAGAGAGAUCGCGCGUCCUGCCGUUCCAUCAUGAUGUUGGCAAUCCGUUCCAACCUUCACGAGCUCCACAAGACUCGCAAGCUGCAGACCAGGCGGGACAUGAUGCCGACGAGAUCACGCCCGAGUACUACGACGAGACAACUUCUGAUAAGGGACUAGCGUCAAUGCCCCUGCCUGUGCCCGAAGAAGCUGAAGAUGGCGCAGCUCUGCUGUCUCCUCGCGAGCUCGAAGCUGCGCGGCAGGAGGAGGAAGAGAAGGCUUCCAUCGCUGCAGAAGAGAGGAUACGUCGUGAUGCUGCAUGGAGACAUCACCCCGGCUCGAUAAGUGGACAGAGCUCGCCAGGCACCGCAGCUGAUGUCAUCGAGGAGAGCGAAUCUGACGUUGCUUCUCUAAGGCAAUCAUUCAAGGCUGCAGAAGAGAGGCUGGCACUGGCGCUCUUGAAGCGCAGGUAUUCAGACACAAAGGAAGCAGCUUCGCAAUCGCGUCAGAUCUCGCCGCUCGGCUCGAAGAAUGCCAAGAAGAUCAUCAGAACUUAUGAUCUGGACGAACCUACCGCUGUCGAUUCUCCCGGGAUGCUGGUCGCACAAGGAGGUUUCGGCGGAUUUGGGAAUCCAUUCUUCCUCAGCACAGGAGCCAUCUCACGAUCUCCUAAAUUUGCCACCCGAGGCUCGCAUGGCGAACGGGUCCGGCUGUCUUUGGAGCUCAAAUGUCCUGCGGAUGUCGGGCUAGUAGGGCUGCCCAACGCGGGCAAGAGCACGUUACUGAGGGCGCUUACAAGCGCAGGCAGAUCUGGGGAUGCAAAUGCCAAGGUCGGCGGAUACGAGUUCACGACCCUCAGUCCAAACGUUGGCGUUCUGCGCCUUGCCCAUGAUGGAUCACUGCUAGGGACCGGCACGGGCAUUAUCGGCGAGUCAGAGCCCUUGGAAGAAGUGGCCAGGCUCACCAUUGCAGAUCUUCCUGGUCUGAUAUCUGGUGCAUCCGACAACAAAGGCCUAGGGCACCUGUUCCUGCGCCACGCCGAACGGUGCAGGGCCUUAGUGUACGUCGUCGAUGUCUCGGAGAAGAGUCCUGCGCCAUGGGAGGAGAUCGCCACAUUGCAACACGAGUUGGAAGCCUACUCGCCAGGCUUGAGCAACAGAUGCGCCAUCGUGGUCGCCAACAAAUGCGAUGCCCUC